AAAAGAGACUUGCCUUAUGUGCCAGAUUUUAUAACUUUUUAAUUAGAAGUAUUGUUAUUUAUAGAUUUGGUUACUUUUAAACUUGAAGAUUAGUCAAUUUUAUCAUAUUCCAUGGUUAAGCUAAACAUUAAGCUACAAUAUAGGAGUAAUGAAAGUUGGUUGGGUUAACCACUUUGCAGACAGUGAUAGAGAUGCACAAAAAUUGGCAUCUUCUUUGUCAGUCUCUCAUAAAUAUAAAUACAAAUGACCUCACUGUUUCUAAUAAUUUCUUGACUUUUUUGCCUUUUCGCUUUUCUCUAUCUUCUUUCUUUUCCUUUUAUACAUGAAAUGAAACUACAUUUGUUUUAUCAAAACUAGUGCUUUUUCUUUUCAAAUUUUCUGCUCGACAACUCCCAUGUUGUCGUGUUUGUCGGAGAAGCACAGUAUGUGGAGAAGAAGCGAAAAUGGUUAUCUCAUUUUGUUACUCUCUCACUUAGCUGUUUACUGUUUGCUCUUCACUUGUUCCGCUGCUUGUUCCAAUGGCAAUUGCCAGCUUCUUGAGUCAUGUGCUUCAGCUGCGGACUGUGGACCUGGUUUAUACUGUGGGAAUUGUCCUGAAUUGGGAAAGAGUCAGCCGUUUUGUAUCAGAGGACAGACUAUUGAACCCACUUCCAUUAUUAGUGGAUUGCCCUUCAACAAAUACUCAUGGCUGGUGACCCACAAUGCCUUCUCAAUUGUAAAUGCACCAUUACUGACAGGCCCACAGAGAAUUACAUUCUAUAAUCAAGAAGAUACUGUCACAAACCAAUUGAGAAAUGGAGUGAGGGGAUUGAUGCUGGAUAUGUAUGAUUUCGAGAACGAUAUAUGGCUCUGUCACUCAUUUCGUGGCCAAUGCUACAACUUUACUGCAUUUGAACCGGCAGUCAACACUUUGAAAGAGGUGGAAGCAUUUUUGAGCGCGAAUCCUACAGAAAUAGUCACCAUCAUAAUUGAGGAUUAUGUGCAUUCACCAAAGGGUUUAACAAGGGUUUUUGCUGAUGCUGGGCUGGACAAGUAUUGGUUUCCUGUUUCUAAGAUGCCGAGAAAGGGCGAUGAUUGGCCCACUGUGAAUGAUAUGGUUAAAAAGAACUAUCGUUUGUUGGUUUUUACUUCUGAUUCUUCCAAGGAAGCUGCAGAAGGAAUUGCUUAUCAGUGGAGA